UUGUAUUAUUUUUACCUUUUCCUUCUUCUAUUGGGUCCACUGUGUCUUUAGCAUCACUAUAUUCACUGCCAUUGUUUGAAACAACAUCAUCUGUAGAACAUUCCACAAAAACUUCUGGUGGCUCUUCAGUUGCAUCUUCUUGUAUAAUAAAUUCAUUUUCGUCAACUGUUAUAACCUCUACUGUUAUCUCUGGUACGCUACUACUUUGAGAACCUUCGUCUAAACUCAAAUCUAACUUAGAUUCAUUUAAAGAUAAAUCUUCACUUUCUGAUGCUUCAGUAUCAUUUUCCUUUUCAGACCACUCGUCUAGAAUCUCUUUAACAACUUGACUUGCCUCCGGAACACUUUGAACUUCUUCUACAUCAACUUCCACCUCAAAUUCAAUCCUAUUUCUAGGUUUUCUGCCUCUUUUAGAUCUGCUUCGAGGGAUUUCAAUGUUUACCACACUUUGUCUUGCAGUCGAUCUAGUCGACACAGUGCCCACAACAAUUGCGGGCUUUCUCUUCGGUGGCAUUUCGACGUUUUUAAUUAACUAGUUUAUCAUAAUACAAAUAUUUUUAAGGUUAAAAUUUAUCUUGACUUGUCAACUGCAUUUUUAUCACGCUCAGAAACGUUCGGUAAUCUACCUUGUUAUACAUAAAAAAAGAAUAUUAAAUUGCAGUAAAACUAUUGGUUUUAGUUAACUUUAAGGGCUGAUAACUGAUAAAUAAACUUUGCAAACAUUUUUAGUUUGUAGACUUUUUGAAUGUUGGCGAAACUGCUCAGAGAGUAGAGUGCAAGUGUUCUUUGGUGUUCUUUGGUAGAGUGUUUUGUAAGUUGGCAAAGCUGUUUUUUUAUUUAUAAACUGUGCAUGAAGCCUACACAAGUUCUGUAGCAACAAUCACGAAGUCUGUAGAUAUACUCAAAAAGAUAGUUCUUGGCAACAACACUCACAAUCCAUGUUGUGUAAAUUAUGAGCAGAUUAUAAAAAAAAUGAGACCUACUUGGAAUGGACAGAAAAGAAUCUGAAACCAAAGAACAGAAAGUAGAAGAUUCUUUUUCUGAUUGUUUGGUUAUGUUGGCAAAACUGUUUGUUUAUUUUCAAAUGUCAUGGUUUAUUUAUAAACACGAGAUGUAAAAUUAUGUGACUUUGGGAAGAAUUGGAGUGAAAAAAUAAGGAAAUAUUAUUUAAAGGUUGAACAACAUGGAGGAGGUGAAUUUUAAGGAAAACAAAUUAAAAUAUUAUAAAAUUCACCCAAAGAAAGAGGCAUGUUGGAUAUCGCAAAUAUUCCUAUGCUGGUUUUUUUCAAUUUUCUACAAAGGCUACCGAAAAGGCCUGACAGAAGACGACUUAUUGGGAACCUUGAAAGAACAUGAGUCCGCUUAUUUAGGAAACAAGCUUGAAAAAGCCUGGAUAAAUGAAACUCUUCAUAACACAAAACCAUCACUAUGGAACGCCAUAAAAAAAGUAUUUAGAAAGUAUUUUCUAGUGUCAGGAUGUAUGUUUAUAAUAGUUGAGUUUGUAAUAAAAUUGGCCCAGCCCCUUCUACUGUCCAGACUUAUGGCCUAUUAUGUACCAAACCAAACCGCAAUUACCAAAAACGAAGCAUUCCUAUAUGCAUUCCUAAUUUUUGUCUUUAUUUUUUUACGUGCCAUAUUUGUAAACGGUUACAACUUAUACAUGACCCAUCUGGGUCUUAAAAUACGUGUAGCUGCUUGCUCUUUGAUAUACAGAAAGGCAAUGAAGCUUAGUACAAGCUCUUUGGUAGAAACAACAGUUGGCAAAAUGGUGAAUUUAUUGUCUAACGAUGUAACAAGGUUUGAAUCGCUGUUGCAUAUUCAUAGUUUUUGGGGUGCUCCUUUGGAAUCCAUAGUCAUUUUGGUGUUACUCUAUGAUAGACUCGGAUUUACAUCGAUUACUGGUUUAGGCUUGUUUCUAUGUUUCAUCCCAUUACAAAGUUGGAUGGGAAAAAAAAACUCUGUUUAUAGACUGAAAACAGCUUUAAAAACCGACGAAAGAGUCCGACUAAUGAACGAAAUCAUUACGGGCAUACAAGUCAUCAAAAUGUACGCCUGGGAAAAAUCAUUCGCCAGACUCGUACAGGCUAGUCGUCUAGCUGAAAUGAAGUACAUAAGGCGGAAAUCGAUGCUACAGGCCACAAGUGUUUCCCUAAAUUUGAUCAUGAAUAGAUUCGCCAUAUAUUUGUGCGUUAUCACGUAUGUUUUGUUUGGAAAUAGUCCUGAUCAUCAGUAUGUUUUCGUGUGUACUUCUUUCUAUGGGAUGUUGCAGUCAUGUUUGACGAACUCUUUACCCAAAGCUAUAACACAAAUGGCGGAAUUUAGGGUUUCUAUAAAGAGAUUGAAUAAGUUUUUGAUGCUGGAGGAGAUCCACUAUAAAGAUACCAUUUCAAAAAAUAAAGAUAUUGGUGUUUAUAUUCAAGGCAUGUCAGCUAAAUGGGCUGAAUCAUCUCCAGACAACGUACUUAACAAUAUAGACUUUCGUGUAAAGUCCAAAGAGUUAAUAGGCAUAAUAGGACCUGUAGGUUGCGGUAAAACAACACUACUUAAUGUUAUCCUACAAGAAAUUAUACCCAGUAAAGGUACCAUUGAUAUUAGCGGCCAAAUAUCUUACUCAUCCCAGGAACCUUGGUUAUUUGGGUCUACCGUCAGGCAGAACAUACUUUUUGGAUUAAACUACGACGAAAAAAAAUACAUUAAAGUUAUAAGGGCUUGUGCUUUGGAGAGGGACUUAUCUUUGUUUCAAUAUGGCGAUAAAACUUUGGUAGGCGAACGAGGUGUCAUAUUAAGUGGUGGUCAAAGAGCUAGAAUCAAUCUUGCACGUGCUGUUUACAAAGAUGCAGACAUAUAUUUACUCGAUGACCCUCUAUCAGCAGUGGAUACACAUGUUGGUAGACAAUUAUUCGAUGACUGCAUCAAAGGUUACCUACAAAAUAAGUGUGUUGUACUUAUAACCCAUCAAUUGCAAUAUUUACGUAGCGUCGAUAAGAUCUAUCUCUUGGAAAAUGGUAACGUAACCAUAAGCGGAACCUAUGAGGAUCUUCAGAAGUCCGAUAUUAAGUUUACUGAUAUGUUAAUCGACUCCAAAGAAGAUGAAUCAGUGGAAAAAAACGAUAGGGAAGUUACCAAAUACAUAAAUAAUAAUACCAAAGAAGAAAAACAGGUUAAAGAGCACAUGGAAAAGGGUAGCAUCAAAACAACUGUGUACAAAACAUACAUAUCCUCAGGAGGGGGUUAUUGCAAAUGGUUUACCAUUAUAGCCCUAUUUUUCAUCUGUAUGUUUACCAUAGGUGUAUUUGACUAUUUUAUAACGUUCUGGGUCAACCUGGAGCAAUUUAAAAACAUGAACCAUACCUCUAACUUUACAUUUAACGAUACAAUUUUCAGCGAAGAAAUUUGUAUGAUAAUAUACUCCAUCCUAUUGGUACUCUUGAUACUAGUUAUUGUAACAAGAACAAUAUCGUUCUAUAGAUUUUGCAACAGCGCAUCCAGCAAUAUGCAUAAUUUGAUGUUCAAAAACGUCGUUCAUGCGACCAUGAGGUUUUUUAACACCAACCCGUCAGGAAGGAUAUUGAAUAGAUUCUCGAAAGAUAUCAAUGUGGCUGAUGAAACUAUACCAUUAAGUGCUAUAGAGACAUUUCAGAGCGGUUUACAAGUCCUGGGUGCCUCAAUUUUGAUAACAUCUUUGAAUACAUGGAUUCUAAUACCCACGAUAUUGAUGUUUACUUUAUUUUACUUCCUGAGGAGAAUAUUUAUCAAGUCCAGUAGAAUGAUAAAAAGAAUAGAAGGAACAACACGUAGUCCAGUCUUUACCCACUUCUCCGCCUCUAUUCAAGGUUUAACCACCAUAAGAGCUUUUAGAGCUGAAGAUAUACUCCAAAAGGAGUUCGAUAACUUCCAGAACAUUCACAGUGCCGCACAUUACAUGUUUAUGACUGGAACCAGGACUUUUGGUAUAUGGUUGGACCUAAUUUGUGCUUUUUAUGUUGGAUUCGUCACCCUUAACAUUUUCUUUAUCGAAAAUGAAACUUAUGGUGGUAAUGUGGGUCUUACGAUAACACAAGCUUUGAGUAUGUGUGGAAAAUUUCAAUGGGGCUUAAGGCAGUGGAGUCAGCUGGAAAACCACAUGACUUCCAUUGAAAGAAUAUCGGAAUAUAUCGAAACAAAAACGGAACAAGAUGGUUUAGGGAAAGUUAGAGAUGUACCCAAACUUUGGCCUGAUAGAGGCACGAUAAAAUUUGAUGGGGUUUAUUUUAGAUAUUCUGAAAGUGAACCUUAUGUUUUGAAGGGUGUUAAUUUGGAGAUUCGUAGUGAAGAGAAAAUUGGUAUUGUUGGUAGAACUGGGGCUGGAAAGUCAUCCUUAAUAUUCUUACUCUUUAAACUUGCUAAGUUUGAGGGUAGUGUAUUUAUAGACAACAUAGACAGUAACGAAAUAUCCCUAGUAAAUCUUCGAAGCAAGAUAUCUAUAAUACCACAAGAACCAGUUUUAUUCUCUGGAACGUUAAGAAAAAACCUGGAUCCUUUUGAAGAUUAUAAUGAUGAUAUCUUAUGGAAUGCUUUGAAUAAGGUCGAGCUUAAGGCUGCCAUUACAGAACUACCUCUGGGUUUACAGAGUACAGUCUGUGAAGCUGGCUUAAAUUUCAGUGUGGGGCAAAGGCAAUUAAUAUGUCUUGCUAGAGCUCUCAUAAGAAAAAAUAAAAUACUUAUAUUGGAUGAAGCUACCGCAAAUGUAGAUCCUCAUACAGAUGCUUUAAUACAAACUACAAUAAGGGAAAAGUUUUCGGACUGUACAGUUCUAACCAUAGCACAUAGACUGCAUACCAUCAUGGAUUCAGAUAGGGUUCUUGUGAUGGAUGAAGGAUGUAUUAAGGAGUUCGAUAGUCCUUAUAUUUUACUUAAAAAUACUGACGGGUAUUUUUAUAGUUUGGUCAGUCAAACUGGUAAAUCUACGACGAAAAAUUUUAUUGAGAUUGCAGAAAAGGUAUGGCAAAUCUUUGUUCACUGAUUACAUACUUACACCUUUUUUUCAGAGUUACUUUGACCAAAGAAAAAAUCGUGAACUAGUCGAAUAAUGCGAUAAAUAAUUGUAAAAAAAUGUAUUUUAAUUCUUUACAAAAAUAUAAAACCUAACCUAAUAAAGCACAUUAGAAUUUUCCACCAACUGAUGAUAAAUACCAACCUUAUUCAUUAAAUUCUCCGGAGUAUCAAAUUCUUUGAUUUCGCCAUCGUCAACCACCAUAACAAGGUCGGAAUUUUUGACAGAGUUUAUUCUAUGGGCAAUGGUUAGUAUGGUACACUCCCCAAAACAUUCCUUUAUGGUUUUCUGUAGUUUCCCUUCUAAUUCUUGAGUCAUGUUUGCCGUUGCUUCAUCAAGGAUGAUGAUUUUGCUUUUGCAAACAAAUGCUCUUACCAGACAAAUCAAUUGUUUUUCUCCAGAGCUGUACUGAUUCCCCGAAUUCAGUACCUUUUGGUCUAAAGACUGCACCAAGUCCUUUAACUUCAUUUUUUCUAUUGCAGUCCAUAUCUCCAUAUCUGUAUAUUUGCCCAGUGGGUCAAUAUUACUACGAAUCGUACCUGAGAAUAGCACUGGGUCUUGUGGAAUGUUUGAUAAUUUUAUUCUAAGGCAAUUUAAGUUAACUGUAUUUAUAUUAACGCUAUCUAUAAAAAUAUCGCCUUCUGUUUGGUAUAGUUUGAAUAAAGCUGUUGUUAUCGAUGUCUUCCCAGCCCCUGUCCUUCCAACAAUACCAACUUUUUUACCAGCGUCAAUUGUGAAGUUUAUAUUCUUCAAUGCCUUUAAACCAUUUUUGUAUGUCAGGUUUACAUUACAAUACUGUAUUUUGCCUUUAUUGGGCCAGUUGUUCAAAAUUUGUCCAUUUGAAUGUUCCUGAUCUGUGUCUGUAUACUCCAUAACUCUUUCCAUGGAAGUCAUUUGAGAUUCCAACUCAGCCCAUUGCUUAAUACCCCAUUGGAGGCUCCCCGUUAACCCCAUUGCUUGUGUUAUAGCUAACCCUACAUUGCCUGUAUUAUCUGGAAAUUAAUUGUAAGAAGAUGAUUAAAAUUGCAUUCAAGCAUUUACCUCCACUUAUAAAUAAAAAGUGCACUAUAACACUUGUGAUGAACAUGGUGCAAGUCAUAUCCAAAAUAAAACCAAAAGUUCUGAUUGCACAAAUCAUCAUAUAAGAAGCAGAUGUGUACAUGUCCAGGUGAUUCUCAAAUUCUUGUUUGACUUUGUUUUCCAUGUUAUACGCUCUAAUAGUUGUAAUACCAUCUAUUGUGGCAUUUAUAUGGGACAUGAGAGGACCCCUGGCUGUAAAAAUAAAUAAAAAAUAAAAGAAAAUAAUGGUAUUUCAUAAAUUACUUGCAGCAUCAAGUCUCUUAAGACUUCUUCCUACGGGGAUAUACAUCGACCUAACAAAGUACAAUUUUAUGAUGAGAAGAGUUGCCGGUAUCAAAAAUCCUAUGUUAACCAUCGAUAUAACAACAAUUGUGCCAAUCAAAGCACAGAGAACCUAAACAACAAUAUAUUAUUAAGAAAUCUCGAAUUGAAAUUUCAAAAAACUAACUCUAAAUAUUUCAUACAGCAUAAACGGUAUAAACUCGUCAAUACCACACAAGUCUUUCGCAAAUCUGUUUAUAAUAUUCCCAACCUUGUUUCUAUCAAAAAAAUCUAUGUUUGCGUGUAAAACCGAACGUAUUAAAUCGUUAUGUAUCUUUUCUGAUGAGGCUGCUGAUAGAUAGAAGUGUGAAAACGACUUUACUAUAGCCAAAGCUGCGCUUCCAAAUACAAGGAUUGAAUAUACCAUUAUAAUAUCAUUUAUUUCGUUUUGUUUUUCUGAUAAUAUUGUGUUGUUAGUGCCGUUUGCUUCUAAUUUGGUCAUAUUUUCCUGCAGUACGGUCCUAAAAUUAUAAUUACAAUAUAAAAAUUUCAGAAAUUAUAUAAUGGUCACCAUUUUCCUAUGAGUUUAUCACCAGAACUCGUUACAACUUGGAAUGCCACAAAUAAACAUAUAACCACGAAAAUUAUGAAAACACCCCCAUAAUAUCCAAAGUAUCUUCUGUACACUGCAAACUCAACCUUCCCUUCCUUAUUUAUUUCUUUAUAUGCAUCUUCAACUUUGGGUUUUUCCAAAAAUUCAUCUGUUUCGGUAGGUUCCUUACUGUUAUUCUCACCUUCAAAUUGAUUCUCCUCGACAUCGUCAAUAUAAUAGGUUAUCCUUUUAUCAAGUUCCUCCUUCUGACUUUUAAUGGUCAACGUUUUACCUUUAUUCAAUAUUAUUUGGUUAUCAGCUAGCUUGAUGAAAUGUAUAUUAUUACUCACAAAAAUAAUAAUCUUGUCCUUCAAGAAACCUUUAAAGCAUUGAUGGAACACAUAGUUGCUUACAUUAGUAUCCAACGCUUUCAAGGAGUCGUCAAAUAAAUAUAUAUCACAGUCUUUAUAACAUGCUCUUGCCAAGCUAACUCGAGCUUUUUGUCCUGUACUUAAGUUUGCUCCUUUGUCGGUUACUAGUGUGUUGUCUCCAUUUAGUAGGGUUUGUAGAUCUUUGUUUAGGCAGCACACCUUUAAGAUGUCCUUGUAUCUAGCUUCGUUAUAGGGUUGUCCAAAGAGGAUAUUUUGUUUGAUUGUCGAUGGGAAUAUCCAGGGGUCUUCUGGGGAGUAUGAUAUUGUUCCCUGUAUGUUUAGUAUGCCUUUGCUUAUUGGUAAUUCUUUUAUAAUGGUUUUUAUGAGGGUAGUCUUCCCACUUCCGCAUUCACCCGAUAUUAUGUUCAAUCCUGACUGUAUUUUUAAAGAUACGUAGCUUAAUAUUUCUUUUUCUUCAACUUUAACGGCUAUUUUGUUUAGGUAUACCAAUGGCUCCAAGUAUAUUGUUCCAGAGGUUUCUUUUAGUUCUUCUGCCGAUAACACAUAGUUCAACCUUUUUAGACUGGCAUUAACAUCAGAUAAAGAUAUAAUGCCGAGUGGUAUUGUGUUAAGUAGGUAUGACCUAAGGCUGCUGUUAUAGCACGUGAUGACGAAAAAAAUUGUUGGUGCGUCAACUUGGUUACCCAACCAAACAUAGGUCAUUAGAAGUAGGUACAGAGAUAUCUUGGAGUUUAAUAGAGGUAAUAUCAUCCCUAGUGCUCUAACAUAGAAUAAGUGCUUCAUUUUGACUACUUCUUCUUUUCUGCUUUCGCUUAUGUUGGUGUAGAAAAAUAAAUCCCAAGCAUACAUUUUGAUUAUUUUGAUUGCAGAUAAAGCCUCUUGUGUUGACUGUAUGCGCUCGUCGGUUUUUUUAACUGUUGCCAUCUUAAGUUGUGCCAUUUUUUUGCCCAAAAACACUAAAACAAACACUAUAUUCACAUGUAUAUUUUGUUACAUAAGUACCUUGUAGAGGUGUUAGAAGUAGUAGACAUCCAAGUCCAGAAAGCACCGAUAUUCCAACCUUUGAGUAAAUUAGAUAGCAAAUAAUUGUUGUCUGUAUAACACCAAUCCACAAGUCGUUUAAAAAAAUAAAAAUCCUGUCGAAAGCAAGCAUAUCUUUGGUCAUUAAUGUACAUAUUUUCCCGACUGAAAUCUCUUUCAGAGCUGAUGGUGAUAGCUUCAAAACUUUCCUGAAGAGUAAACUGGAGAACGCUGUUCUUACUUUUAUGCCAAACUCUGUUACUAUUUGCAUGUAAUUGUGGUUGUAAAUACAACCAAAAAUUGUUAUGAAUAUUAGUGAAAAGCCAUAUUUGUAAGCUUCUAAUUUGGUGUAUUGUUCGGGGGUUUUAAAAUAUUGCAAUAGUUUGAACAGAAAUAUUGGAUGAAGAAUA